CCCGGCGUCGCUUCUUAUUCGAGGACUCGCAUCUCUGGGAAAUACAUCUCCAGCGCUGUUAUUCUACUUAAACCGCUUUCAGUGUUUAUUCCAGUAUUUUAACAUUCACUAGGCUAUCUGUGCAUCUAUAUAUUUGUAGCCUUAGCUGUUUUUUUUUAAAUAUUUAUAUUUAUUCCGUUAUUCUGCUUUAUCCUGUUCCGUCAUCAAUCAAGAGAAUUUUGUAGCCAAAAAAAGAAAAGAGGAAGUGGUGUAAUACGCGCGCGCGACAGAACAAACCAAAGAAAGGAUUUUUCUUCUUCUUUUUCUUAUUUAUUUAAAUUUUUUUGUAAUCCCGGUUUCAAAGAAUGAACAUUACGCCUGGAAAAGCAGAGAUGAGCCGCUUUAACAUUUCACCAGAUGACGACACAAGCAGCACCAGUUCCAACAGCAUCGAGUACUCAAACGGUCCCACCAAGAAAGUGCCAUUGACCAGUCAAUACGGUGACGUCGACGCCGAAAGUCAGAACUUCCUCCCGAGUUACACCCAAGGAAAUAAGAAAUAUGAAGUUGAAUAUCACCCUGGCACGGCUUCGUUUGGGAUGUCCGUGUUCAACCUGGGCAACGCCAUCAUGGGCAGCGGGAUACUCGGCUUAUCGUACGCCAUGGCCAACACGGGCAUCGCCCUGUUUGUCAUCCUGCUGAUAGCGGUGUCCAUAUUUUCCCUCUACUCUGUACAUCUGCUGCUCAAGACCGCCAAUGAAGGAGGUUCUAUGGUCUACGAGCAGUUGGGCCAAAAGGCUUUCGGCUUGCCAGGCAAGCUUGCAGCAUCGUGCUCCAUCACCAUGCAGAACUUUGGAGCCAUGUCCAGCUACCUCUACAUCGUGAAGUACGAAUUGCCGAUAGUCAUCAAAGCGUUCAUAGACAAUGAAGAGGUGUGGUACAGUAACGGAGACUACCUGGUGUUGCUUGUUACUCUUAUCAUCAUUUUGCCACUUUCACUACUUAAAAAUCUGGGCUACCUUGGCUACACAAGUGGGUUCUCGUUGUUGUGCAUGGUCUUCUUCCUGAUCGUGGUGAUCUACAAGAAGUUCCAGAUCCCCUGCCCUCUAACCAACGACUUCUUGAACAUGACAGUAAACGGCACGCUUGCACAGCUCAACGCCACGAUCAUCGACUAUAGCGAGGAUUCUUGCAAGCCUAAAUAUUUUGUCUUCAACUCACAGACCGUGUACGCCGUGCCUAUUCUCACCUUUGCCUUUGUGUGCCACCCGGCCAUUUUGCCAAUGUACGAGGAGCUCAAAGAUCGUUCUAGGAAAAGGAUGCAGGGUGUGGCUAAUGUGUCUUUCCUGUCCAUGUUCAUCAUGUAUUUCCUCGCUGCUCUGUUCGGCUACCUGACCUUCCACGAUAUGGUCGAGCCUGAGCUUUUACACACGUACUCGAGGUUGUUCAAAUUCGACGUGGUGUUGCUGAUUGUACGUCUGGCUGUGCUGACCGCCGUCACGCUUACGGUCCCCGUCGUCCUCUUCCCCAUCCGUACCUCGGUGAAUCAGCUGUUAGGCGCGUCGAAAGAGUUCAGCUGGAUCCGUCACACCAUCAUCACGGUGACUUUGUUGAGCGGGGUCAACGUGCUCGUCAUCUUCGUCCCCACCAUUAGGGAUAUCUUUGGAUUCAUUGGUGCUUCUGCUGCUGCCAUGUUGAUCUUCAUCCUGCCGUCUGCUUUCUACAUCAAGCUGGUGAAGAAGGAACCCUUGAAGUCUGUGCAGAAGAUUGGGGCGAUCCUGUUCCUGGCCAGCGGAAUCUUUGUCAUGUUCGGCUGCAUGAGUCUGAUCAUCCUGGACUGGGUCCACAAUGCUACCGGUCAGGGCGAUGGUCACUAAGAGGCAGACCGUGAGUGACAGGCGAGUGACAGGACGCGUCUGUAGCGCCGCUUUACUGCUGUCCAGUCCCUCGCUGUUCCUGUUCACGUUGUUACAACCACAAACAAAAAUCGACAAACCCUGCUCUUCUUCCAGCUCAGAGCGAAGAACUUACAUACCAUUCUGAGAGAAUGUGCUGAACUCUGUACAGUAUGCUGUUAGGCCACAAAGAUGGUGCUUUAUCUUAUACUUCUGUUGCCAUGAUAUGUUUUUUUUUUUUUUUUUAAUAUAUUACGUUCUGCUUUUCCAAUCCUGGUCUUUCAGACACUGAUCGCGAGACUGAUCUCAGUGCACAGUAUUUAACAACACAACGUCUCAGUGCACAGUAUUUAACGACUCGCAACCAAAACCCCGAACUCUCGUAACUCACCCUAAUAUCAAGUACCCUAGUAUCAGACUUCUCUUUUUACCUUUGCCAAAAAAAAAAAAAACAACCAACACGUUCCUACUGAUUUGUAUAUUGAAAAGCACUAAAUAAUCGAAAUAUAUGUGAACGUCGUCAAUUCAAGCUUUACUACUCCGCUUCGAUCGUACUAGUUACAAUGUCAUUUUGACUGUACUAUAUUAGUCAACAUCUUCGUCUUUUUUUUUUUCUUUUUUUUUUAUAAAAACAUGCGUAGAUUUUACUAAUGAACAAAGUUGUUAUCUUUAGUCUUUCACCUGAGGUUCUGGUAGUCGAACAAGACACUGUCAAGAAAAGAAGGUACUAUACAGGUACAUUCGUGUUCCUCAAGGUACAAGAAUUUCACACUGUAGAGGUACACUACGUUCACACAAGGAGCCAGAAAAUCCACCGGUUUAGUACCUGUUUGUUUGUUUGGUUUUUUUUUGAAUGAAGGAUGAAUUUACUACGACACACUGAAAACCUAUUUGAGAAACAGUUUUACAGCAGUAACCUCGCUGCUCGAAAGGCAGGACUGAACGAUAGACGUCUGUACUUCUGAAUCUUAGAAGGCACCAGAGUAUUUCUUCAUAGAAGAUUUUGACGUUGAACCACGCGCGUUGGUUGAAAAACGCGUCGGGAUUUCAAACCGCGUUAUUAAACAGACAGUACGUUAAAUAAGAUGAGGUUUUCGACGUUUCCAUCUCCGGUAUUUAUUAACCGUCGGCAGCUUAACUCUCGACCCGAGUGAGACAGGAGGAACGCGGGAGGGAGAGAUGGAAGAGGACAAGAGGGUUUAGUUAAAAUUGUCACGUCCACUGGUCUGUCAUGAGCCGCUGAGUGAAUUUAGGCCGCCGCUGUGCAGCCUUCACACACACACACACACACACAGACACGUAUUAGUACAACCUCACUGUGCUACUAGUCACUAACCUCAUGUCAUCUAAUAUGUAUUGUCCAACACUUAUUUAUAGAAGAACAUCAAUGUAAUUUAAUCUAUUUUACUAUAUUUAUAUAUUGUAAAUAUAUGUAUAUAAAAUGAAGUGUGUAUAUAUAUAUGCAGUUUGUAUUGCAUUUACAGAUGUUUUUUGUUUGUUUUUUUUCUCCCUGAGCGUUGCUCAGAUUUGCGAAUACAAAUAUCUGCCACCGAUGGGUCAUCUUACCCACUGGUUUGGGAAAAGGACUGUCUAAUGUUAGAUCAGUGUUAGGCUCGUCCCCGCAACGUGGCUGGAUACGAACGACUGAGUUUUUUUUUUUUGGUUUUUAAAAAAAUGGCAUUAAGAACACAAAGAGUCCACGCCGCUCAUCGAAACUUCUCACACAUUAAGACUAGACUGCUGUAGUUAAGCAAGAGAGGGCGAGGAGAGCAACCCUGGAAUAUGAAUGGCCGGUCGUAUACGUGCUCUUGUUUCAAUGAAACACCAUGUACAUCGUGUAAUUACUGUUCAAUAAACUAUAAAGAUAAA